CAAUGCAGGUAAUUUUUGGCAUUUUGGUGAGUGAACUUUGGUCGAUUUUAUCUUCUGAACUUGGGGAAUUUGGGAGUAUAUGCCGAAUAAACUGUAUUAUUAUUGAAAAGUCUUCUAGAAAUGUCACACCACCUUUUGAUUUGGUCACAUUAGCAAGGGAAAAUUUGCGACACUGGAUUUUAUUAGACUAUUUUCCUGGAUCCAAACACUGGAAAGUGGCCUUUUUGUAGACAGCAGCCAUGGGCGACAGUAAAGACUUCAGUGAUGAAACGGAGAAGGAUUUUAAUAGCCGUAUGAGGAGUAUCGUCAACAAUGGCAUAACAUGCAUCACCAUGGCCCUUGGGUUUGAAACUGGUUUAUUCAAAUUGAUGAUUUCCAUGGAAACGCCCAAGACCUGUCAAGAGAUUGCUGAAGCCGGCAAAUUUAAAGAAAGGUAUGUGAGGGAGUGGCUAGGAUCCAUGGUGACGGCACACAUCGUCAGUUUUGACCCAGUUGAAGAGAAGUACUGGAUUCCUAAACAUCGUCACUCUAUCACACAAUCCCGAGGAAUGGCCAUGUGCACCCCAACGUUGAGCACAGCUUUCUUUGAUGUCGCCGAUUGCUUCCAAGAAGAUGGACCUCCAGGUGUUCCAUAUGAGAAGUAUGACAGGUUUGAUGCCUUGAUGACGCAGGUCCAUGGGCCCAUGUUCCAGAAUGAGUUCAUCACGGAUUUCUUUCCUUCCAUGCCGGACAUUCAAGCCAAAUUGGAGUCGGGCCUGAAUGUACUGGACAUUGGCUGUGGAGCUGGGACGUCAACCAUUGAAAUGGCCAAACGCUUCCCGAAAAGCCACGUACACGGACUUGACUUCUCUGUUACGGGCAUCAAAGAAGCGCAGGCUAAAGCCGACGCAGCGGGCUUGACAAACGCGACUUUCAUCUGUCAAGACGUCACGGCGCUACCCGCAGAUUGGACCGACAAAUUCGGUUACGCGUUCGCUCACAUGGUCAUCCACGACUUGACCGACCCGCACAAAGUGCUCAAGGGGAUUCUCCGCGCGCUGACUCCAGGGGGCGCUCUGUCCGUCGUCGAUCCCAAAUCGCAUUCAACUCUCAAGGGUAACCUAUCCGAAGACGUCAAGCAUAGUCACGUGCUUUACAGCCUCAGUUUGCUGAAUUGCGUACCGACGUCGCUGUGUAAGGGGGAGGGCGCAGCGCUAGGGGCGGCCAUGGGGCGAGAAAAGGGGCAAGCGUUGAUUGAGAAUGCUGGCUUCAAUAUAUCUUCCAUCAGUGAUGCCUUAGGUGCGCAACAUUAUUUGUGUAUAAAACCUCUCUGAAUUCGUACAUUACACAAAUAAUUUAAUUCCAAUGAGGGGAAUAACUGAAUUUUGUGUGUGUUCAUGCAGUUGAAGCAUAUAUUUGAUAUAUUUUGAAAAGAUCAUUGCAGCGCUCUAUUUGAAACUACACUUUCCUUUAAUAUGAAAAUAUCUGAAAAUUUAGCUACAAAAUUAAGGAAGUUAGUGAUGUCAUUUACAAUUCAAAUACCAUGGAACUGAAUUGUAUCAGAUUUAUUUAACAAUCUGGGGAGUAGAAAAAUUCAAAGUUUGAUGAAUUAGAAGGUACUAUAAGGAAGAGUGGGCCAUUUGCAGCUGUCCAAAAAGUAACUGACCAAAUUAUUAUAUAAAAGCUUACUUGGUUUACAUAUUGUAAUGAACACUAAAUUCGCUGUGAAAGUCCUUUUGGCAUGCUGCCAUUUUAAAGCAAACAAAAUUUUUGUUUGUAGUUGGGUGAAUCUGUGAAUGGGUGUGAGCGUUGACACGGACACACACGCGUGCGCGGUUACUAUUUGUCGGUUAAGUGUGUGACCGCGUAAUUUUAAUCAGCUGAAUGAGAAUCAUGUUCCGAAUGCUGAUUUUGGGAUCAUGUCACGAGAGGGCGCAAUUCAAAAUAUGACUCUGAAACUUUUUGAAUUAAAGUCGAGAUCCAAAACACGUGUAUUUUGUUUUCUCAAAAUAUUACAGCAUACACAGAGCUGAAACUUCAUUAAGUUAGUUGUUAAGCACCCGACUUAAGAUUUUGAGCACUUUUGUUGCUUUAAACGAAAAAUUAUUCACAAAUGACAAACUGUCCAUUCUACCUUAAACUAGGUUUCAAAGUUGAUUGAAAAGUCAUCAAUUACAAAAUAUUUUAAUAUACAUGUAGUCAAAACACUUAUAAUUCUUUCCUUUUUGGUUGGGGAAAAAACAGUCAUAAAUUAUCAUGCCUUAUUUAGUACUCUAAUACAUAUUUAGUAUCAACUUAUCAAGCAGUGAAACAAUUCCAUUUUUACUGAGUAAUGUUAAGUAUUCAAUGGCAUAACUGAUUUGGGAAUUGUUUUAUUAUGUUUUAUUUCCAAAGAUUUUGCACCAUGUAUUGUAAAUGCAACUUUUUCUGAAAUUGUAAACUAGAAAUUGAUCUAUUUUUCCAGUAAGUCUAUUUUUCCAGGAAAUAGUCUAGGAAAACUUUAAGGAAAUGCAUUUUGAAUAACUUAUCUUAAUCUGCACAUUUUUCUAAGUAAACCAAUACUGCAUAAAUAAAACAAUUUUAUAUGAUAAAAAUUAUACUGGUUUUUUUUUUUUUUCUUUAUUAAAUGUCGAGACCUAUAAAACAAUUAACAAAAAUUGGGUAUUCCGGAAAAUCUUGGCUGUCCCAAGUUUGCAGCUCGUGAAUUUGCAUUCAAAAUUAGUGUAAAAUGACAUAAUAGGAUGACUUGUUGCAUGUAGCUUCAAGUAACAAAUUAUGUGUAAAAUUCAUUUGUUUUAAUUUACUUAUUAACUGAAAAACACAACAGCCCACACAUUAGCGACAUUUUCUGUCGGGCGGCUUGUUGAAAAUAGGUUUCUGAGACAAAAAUGACAAAAUACACAUCUCCCCUUUACAAUGACUGUCAUGUACUUUCCAAAUACGGACUUUCCAUGACAAAAUUAUCCCCAUUUGAAGUUGAUGACGUCAAAAAAAGUUGAAAACAGAAAUUUCUUGUUAACAUUUUGGGUUAUGCAUUUCUUGAACUAAAUCAUUCAAGAAAAUCAUCUUUAGAGGCAAAACUAUGGUCUGCAACUUUUUAAAGUUUAUCUCGCGUGUAUUUAGGAUAACAAAUUUACAAACAAAAACCCUGAAAAUCGAAUUCUGAAUCAACCCACAAAAUCAACCACACAUAUGUUUUGUUGGUUCCAGAAGGCUAGCCUAGAGUCUUUGUUGUACCUGACUGACUGACUAAUCGACCGACUGUCACUCAUGAGCUGGGCAGUGCUAUUGUAUAGGAUUACCUCUAACGCCAAUGGAUGGGCUAAAUCCGGCCCAUUGUGUAGACCAGAUGCUUGAAAAGACUUCAAGUGAAUAGCCUUUCUGAAUCAAUGAAAUAAAAAAUUUGUGCACUCUGGGACCAGC